AUGUGUGUAUUAAAUAUUAGACUGAAACAGAAAACCACACGUAGCUGGAUUGAAAGCACCUUCCAUAAACGCGAGUGUAAAUGCUUCGUCGCCAGCGCCAAGGACGAGCAUGUAUGUUGGUGUGGCCUAAGCAAGACCGCGCACGGUGCUAAUAUCCCCAUUGGCCCCGUUGGUGAAGCAUGGGUGCCCAUAAAGCAUACUCAGCCAUCACCAACAGAUGCCUAUGGCACGGUGGAGUUCCAGGGAGGACCACACCCUACGAAGGCACAGUAUGUCCGUCUAUCACACGAUACACGACCGGAGCUAAUAGUCCAACUGCUUACACGCGAAUGGGCGUUGGAAAGGCCAAAACUGCUCAUCACCAUCCAGGGUGGGAAGGCCAACUUCGACCUUCAACCCAAACUGAAGAAAGUGUUGAGGAAAGGUCUUCUGAAAGCGGCGAAGACCACCGGUGCCUGGAUAUUUACUGGAGGCACCAACACAGGUGUGACCCGGCAAGUCGGUGACGCUCUGCAGUUGGAGAGGUCACAGCGCGCUGGUCGCGUGGUCAGCAUUGGUAUAGCGCCCUGGGGCAUCGUUGAGGGCGCUAAUGAACUCAUUGGCAGAGGAAGAGACGUCCCCUACCAUGCUAUGGCAUCACCGAGGUAA